GACGUUUGCCUGGUUAGCGCGAUGGAAACUGAUUGUGGCUCCAGCCACGCAUGCCAACCAGCAAGCCCUCGCACAUCCAUCUCAUCUGGAAGAGGCUGUGGUCCAGGCAGCUUCCUGCCCUCCGGCGGUCUCCAAGAUGGUCCACCGGCGGUCGUCGACGCUGCGGUCCGAACACCCAAACGCGAUGGACGAAUUGAAACACUCACCUGGCCAGUUCGUAGCUUCCGCUCCCAAUGAUUUCCGCUUUCUGGCCUUGAAGGUCAUGGGCACAACGGCCUUCGGAGGUACGGCUGGUUAUCAAGCGAACGCUUCGCGGAAUUGUUCGCGAUGGCCAACUGCCUCCCAGGUGGCCUAUGCCAUCGGCAUCACUCAAGGAGGGGUCCUUGGUGGCUUGAUAGCCGGCUUCUGCUUUGUCAUACCUGGUGCGAUUUUCCUCUCACUGCUCGGCUUCGUGUCCCAGACAUUGUCCGAGCAGAUUGAAGAACCUGCCUCACCUGCAAACGCGGUGGCGAUUGCUUGCAGCGCUGUUGGAGUUGCGCUGGUCUUUGUGGCGAUCACUGGACUUAUCAAGAAGCAGGUUUUCGAAGCUGGCAACCAGAUUGUCUUGGGUGGUAUCUGCUUCUUCACCGGGGCCAUCUGCCUGCUUGUGCACCCGGCCCCGGCUUGGCUGAACCCAACCUUGAUUUUCGUGGGCGGCCUCACGACCAUUAUCUACCCAGCAUCUAAAGAUGCAGAAGUGAAGCACGCGGACGACACUGGAAAGUCAGGAAUGCCUGUAGCCCUGGCUGUCGGCAUCUUCCUUUUGCCACCUGGUGGAAGCGAGUUGGACGGGUACGUGGCAGUUGCAGCAUUCACCUUGUGGAGGGACACCUUCGAUCACGGCUGGGUCAUGCCUUUUUUGACCGCAGGCAUGUUCGUGUGGGGUGGAGGGCCGGUGGUGCUCCCCAUGUUGAUGACGUUCCUGACUCCCAGCUGGAUCUCUCCUACGAUCUUUUUGGCUGGUAUUUCCUUUGCAGAAAUGAUGCCUGGUCCUGUCUUCAACAUCUCGUGCUUCCUGGGCAUUCAGCUAGCGUUGAACAGCGGAGUCUACUGGCUUUGGGGUAUCUUUCUGUGCUGGGCAGGCCUUAUGGGCCCAGGAAUAACCUUGAUUUUCGGGGCCUACACGCUUUGGGAUGAACUCCGCAAGCAGCGGCUGUACCAACAUGCGCUACCAGGCCUAAACGCUGCGGCUGUUGGGCUGCUGGUGCCGACCAUGUUUGUGGUCUACGACACUUUACAGGCGCGGAGCCCGUGGCAAUCUGGAAGCCGGGCUCUGGUGGUCCUCGCUUACUACUUCAUCGAGUUGGUGAAGGUGAACGUGCCUCUGGUGGUGGUCGUCAGCGGCCUCGCCGGACUGGCAUGGUUGGACAACUUCGUUCAAUCGGUCUUGGCAAGCUUUCAGGAACCGGGAAACGAGCUGAGCGCAACAAGGCUUGCGGUGCUGGUGCACUCCAGGAUGUCAAUUUGCACGGAAGAUGUGCAACGGCCGUCGCAGUCCGCCACCUUUGUCAGCCAGAAGAUGUCGAUUCGAGACGAAGGCGGAGAGAAGGGCAGAGGGUAUUUCGCAAACAGGAGCAUUUCGGCGGGCGAGCUACUGCUUUCCGAGGAGCCCCAUGUUUUCAACCCAGACGAUGAUGACUUCGGUGCUGUUGCGGCCGUUCAUGCGCUGGCAGCUGAGGAGGAAGGCAACGAGUUGAGAGUGCCUGCAGCAGAAAGCGAUAGCAUCAGCGAGGCGGAGGCUUUCCGCUGGCUGUCGGGCAUACCCAGUUUGACAAAGGAGAAGGCAGCCAACGCGCUGGCGGCUGCACGAAAUAACGGCUUCUGCACAUCUCUGCAUUCGACAGCAGAGGAGGUGUGGCUCCUUUUCCGAAAGCUGUCUGUCUUCAACCAUUCCUGCUGGCCAACCUGCUCAGUCUAUCGGGAUCCGUCAGCUGGCACCUCACAUGUUCUGGCUAUACGUCCUGUGGAUAAGGGAACAGAACUCACAAUUCAUUAUGCCGACGACCUAAUCCUACUGCCCAAGGAGCUGCGCAAAGCAUUCCUUCCCGGCCGCUUUGGCUUUGUAUGCGAAUGUGAUCGAUGCGAAGAAGAAGACCAGGCCGCUGCCAAAGUUGAGAACCUCCUGCUGAAGCAUGCAGAAGGGCGCAGCGACACCUGGCAAGAGGAGACCCAGCUGGCGCACGCGAUGAAGACAGCCCAUGCAGGGCUCUGUAAGAUGCGGCAAGAGCGAGGUCGGCCCGCAGGCUUCGUGUAUCGGGACUUUGACAAUUGGGAAAGCGCCCUGGCUUCGGUGGAUUCUGCUUUGCCGAGCAUCGUCGCUUAUGGUGCCAGCACUCACUGGGCGCGGCACCACGCGAGAGGCCUCCGGUGUCUGGCCUUGGAGGCCCUUGAACGCGAUGCAAUCGGUUAUCUGGCCCUGGCGGAGCAUGCAGCUGCUGCAUGGCAGCUGCUGCCACGGUACUGUGAUGCCAUGCGGCUUCUUCACCAACGGUUGCGAAAGGUCAAGUCACGGCUUCCUGAGGCUCUCCAACAUCGUUUGUGUGAGAAGGCCAGUGACCUCUAUGCCGAAAGCUUGCAAGGUCUGGAACGAGACAUGGCGAAGCUGGAGGUGUGGCUCAAGCAGGCAGGUGCCACCUCUAGCCAGCCAGCAGGCAACGAGCACAAUCUGGAGCAAAAUUGUCGCCUGCAACAGUGA